UCAAAGUGAAAUAUAUAACUUACUAACACAGAAUUUCUUGAUUACAGAAAAUGAUUAAGUCAUCUACAUGUCAGAGUAUUAGUAAAAUAAUAAGUAAAGGAAAACCAUCAUAAAUAAACUGUCGCCGCGCAGUCUAGCCCUCAAUACAGCCAAUCAAUUUCAAUCUAUUACUCAAGUUAUUAUUCAAUAUUGCAAUUUAUGAAUGAGAUAACGAUGCAUAGAUGCGAAAAUAUUUCUUGAAAUAUUUAACAACAUUGGAGGGGAACUAAGUGAAACUAGGAGGAUGAUGAUAUUCAGAGCAAAAUUAUGACAUGAGUUCGAAGAUUGGAGCAUCAGUUACCAGUUGUCUAUGAAGUUUAUUAUCACAAUGUACUUAAAAAGAAUCUAAUCAGACGUAAUACCUGUCGAUAAAUUUUCUAAUUAUUUUUUAUUAAUUAAUCCUUGUUUAUUAUCUCUGAUUAUAUGAGUUAUCAGCUAUUAAAAUCGUGUUAAAAAUUAAAUCUGCUAUUAGAUAAUGAUAAGUCCAUUUUAUACUUCUCAUGAUGAAUACAAAUUUCAUAGAAUCUUAUUUUAAUCUUCGGAAAAUUUUUUUCCCUCGAAUCAAAUGAAUAUAAAUCUAAUAAUACUGUGCUGAUAAGGAGAUUACAGUGUUAAGUGUGUUAUGAUUGUUAUGAGAAUAAAUAAUAAAUAAAGUGGUUAAAUUUAAAUGAAUUAUUCGAUGGAUGUUCAAUAAGUGCGCUAUCUAAAGGUGAAAGCUUGAAGUUGGCAACGCCGAAACAGUUGAAAUUCCCCCUCUACUCUAGGACUUUUAUCAUCUUUCUUCUUGCUAGAGGCAAAAUACGUGCGUUUAUGUAUAAAACUCAUGAGUUGCCAAGACACGAAACAUUCGUAUCGUAACGUGCAAACGUAUCUUUCAACGUCAAAUUCAACAAAAAAUAUCACUUUUUAUUAAAUUUAAAAACAUUGACGUAAUAAAAAAAAAAUAUAUAUAUCAUUACUUAAGUUUUUGUCUUGUAUUUCAAAAUAAAGUGAACGUAUUUACAAAUGAAUCGUGGCAAAAGGAAGAAAUUGUUUGUUCAAGUUUUUAAAAAUUAUUUGUUAUUAUUUAUUUUUUAAUGACAAUAAUAAAAUAAUGAUAACAAUAAGAAUCAUUUUUAUAGUGUAAUUAAAUUAUAAUAAUAAAUUAUUUAUUAAAUAAAAAAAAACGUUUACAAAUUUAUUGCGUUUGAUUCAUAGAUUAACAAAAUGGAAUUAAACAAGACUACUGAUGAAAAGGAAAAAGAAGCCUUGGUCAAUGACAGCUUACUCAAGCCAAAAGUUCAACAGUUUUCUACAUCUAUAUCGUUUGAAAAACCAAAUUUAGCUUCAAACGGCCAUGUAAUAGACCCUGAAAAUCCACAUUUAUCUCAUGGAAGUGCCGUGAGACAAGUAUUAGCUGCGUUUGUAGCCCAACUAGGAACGAUAAAUACUGGAAUGACAUUUGGAUUUUCUGCCAUUGCUAUUCCACAACUCAGGGAUGCUAACAGUACAAUAAGUAUUGAUGAAGUACAAGAAUCAUGGAUUGCCAGCAUGUCAUCAAUUGGAACACCAAUAGGUUGUUUAUUAUCUGGCUACAUGAUGGAUCAACUUGGGAGAAAGCGAUCUCUUAUAAUAACUGAAAUCCCAGGAUUACUAGGAUGGCUUUUGAUAACAUUUGCAUUAAAUGUUGAUAUGCUUUAUGCGGGACGAUUUUUCGUGGGCUUGGCAUCAGGUAUGGUUGGUGCACCAGCUCGUGUUUAUACUAGCGAAGUGACGCAACCUCAUCUCCGCGGUAUGCUGACAGCAUUAUCGAGUGUAGGAGUAAGCACAGGUGUUUUACUAGAAUAUGCAUUAGGAAGCAUAGUCUCUUGGAAAAUAUGUGCAGCAAUAAGUGGGCUGAUACCUUUUACGGCUUUGAUUUUAAUGUUCAUUUUUCCAGAAACUCCAUCUUAUUUAAUAUCUAGAAAUAAGCCAGAAAAAGCUCGAAAAGCUUUGGAACACUUUCGAGGAAGCUCAUAUAACCUUGAUAAAGAAAUGGAUACCCUCAUAAAUUUUUCAAAUAAAAAUAACCUCAAGAGACUGACGAAACCUCGCGAAAUCAUAAUUGCAUUACUUCAGCCAAAUGCACUAAAACCAUUUACAUUGCUAUUUUUCUACUUCCUCAUCUACCAGUGGUCAGGAACGAAUGCUGUUACGUUCUAUGCUGUGGAUAUUUUCCAACAAUCCGGUGCCACAAUGAAUAAAUACUUAGCAACAACAAUUUUAGGCAUAGUUAGACUGUUAUCAACUAUUUUAGCUUGUGUUUUAUGCAGAAAAUGUGGUAGAAGGCCACUUACAAUGAUUUCCUCACUUGGAUGUGGACUUUCCAUGUUAGGAUUAGGCGGUUACAUGUGGAUGAAUGUUUACUGGAAAGCCAAUAAUAUUCUACCGUCCUGGACAUGGAUUCCAGUUCUCUGUAUCUUUUCCUACACAAUUGCAUGUACUAUUGGUUUUCUUGUAAUCCCCUGGGUUAUGAUUGGUGAAGUGUAUCCAGUUCAAGUGCGUGGAAUUAUUGGUGGUCUUACCACGAUGUCAGCACAUGGUUUUAUAUUUAUGGUAGUCAAGACCUUCCCAUUUUUAAGAGCUACACUGACUGAACAUGGAACAUUUUUACUGUAUGGAUUUAUUUCAUUCUUUGGAACAUUUUAUUUUUAUAUUUGUCUGCCUGAAACGAAGAAUAGAACUCUUCAAGAAAUUGAGGAUUAUUUUUCGGGUAGAAAUUCAUCUUUAAAAACAGGAAAAUUGUUUUGUAUUGGGAAAACUCAAAAUUUAGAAAAUAAAAAAGCAGAAACAUUACCUAAAUAAAUUUUAUAUCAAAGAUUAUUGUGAUAUAAGUGUGCUGACGAAGACUUUUGCGGUGCUACUUUUAAGACUUUUUUUUAAAUAUACAUUGAGUAUUUUAAUAUAAAAAAUGUAGACUUAAAAAAGAAAAAAAAAUGGUACAAUAAAUUAAUUUUCUUCCUUGAUAAAUAUCUCCUCAUAUUCUUUGUAAGUAAUUUUGUUAAAGGUAAAAGAGAUAUCAUGAAGAAUGAUUUGAACCAUUUAAAACAAAUAAAUAUUGUUAUCAUAUUAUCAUGUUUCUAGAACAUAGUAAAAAUUUGUUGUUAAAAAAUGUGUUCUUCCAAGUUUUUAAUAGGUAUUUAAAGAUUGUAAUAUUAUUGUUAGAUGUAAUAUAAAAUAAGUUAAAUCAGUAAUUAUUUUUUACACAAAACAAUGGUAAAUUAAGAUUGUACGUACACGAAAAAAACGAAAUUGUAAAUAUUAAUGAUAUCACUUACAAAGUCGCUUUUUUCUGUAUAUAUAAGUACUUGAAAGGCAUAAUUUUUGUUAUGCCUUAUUAUUCAUAAAUGCCUCAAAUUGUGCACAAUGCGUACGUAAUCUCUUUUUCAAUAAUUAAAGUUGCUAACUAACGUGCCAAUUACUAUAUUAA